AUGACCUUCGUCUCAAAUGAUCCCAGUUGGUGGCCGAGAAUCAAUUUGAGUGUUUUUUGCAGCUAUUGGACAGUUGCCGCGGGCACCGUGGUGAUAUACGAUUGGGCCUUAACUCUCGAACAAGAGAUUGAACUGAUCUGGAGGCAACGUUGGUCUCUCAUGACUGUGCUGUAUUUGGUUGUUCGUACGCUAUAUUGGAAUACCGUAUUUUGUUGUCAAAGUUCUGCAAAAUGUGAUAUGGGUCUCGCUGACGGAUACAGGGUGAGUGAGAUUUUGACCGUCAUGAUUGAGCUUGGCUCAACAUAUUCACUCAAUAGGUGCAAUAUUACGGACUACGCAGCGACUUGGAUAAAUCCGGUCGUAGCUGCCAUGUUGGGCAUCAUUAUGAUUGCUCGCUUACAUGCCAUGUAUCAGGGAUCUAGAAUGAUGUUCAUCUUCCUUGUUAUUACCUUUCUGGCUGGCAUCAUCGCCUGCGGAGUAAUCUUGGCAAUAAAACUCAAGUAUGUUGUAGGGGACCUCAUGGGACAAACGCCAGAGGAGCUGAUACUCUCUGACACGUAUAUAUGCGGUUAUGUAUAUGACGAGGAUGAGCAGCUUUGGUUUUCAAUGGUUUGGAUGAUCUACACUGUUUGGGAGGUCCUCGCACUGUGUCUUGCAGUCUGGGUUGCUGUGAAACACUUCUGUGACCUGCGACGGCUCAGCCGAUCGACAGGAUCGACCAUUGGGGACUGUUUCAGAGUGCUGAUACAAUCUCACGUUCUCUAUUUUGCAAGGCGAGCUUGUAAUGUGAACGCGGUUAUAUUAUUCUGCUCAAGUUCCGCACAUAUUAGCGUUCUUGGUGUCUCUUGCCUCCAGCUUGCUGCUUUCUCUCCGAAAAUCAGGGAUUCACAUUCUAUUGGAGCUCAGAUACUUGAAGGUGCUCUUGAAAUUUUAUUGUUCAUGCAGAUGUUUGUGUUGGGACCACGCCUCAUCCUUAGCGUUCGAGAAUAUCACGCAAAACUCGUGGCAGGCUCCGACGCAGAAACUAGCAUGAACUCGAUUGUCUUCCAGGAGCGUGUACAUGUAUCGACUAGCAGUACUGUGUAG